AUAGGGCUAAGAGUGCAUUUGUGACAGGGAAUACUUUUACAAAUAAUAUGAAAAAGUCUUAUACAAAUUAUACUGAAAAUUCAUUUGCAAGUCAUAUACAAAAUAUGAUUACCGAUAUAAGUCAUCCAGGAUAUACAUUUUAG